AUGGAGCGGGAGGGCGGCGGCCCGGGGCCCCCCGCGCCCCACGAGCCCAUCAGCUUCGGCAUCGACCAGAUACUGGGCGGCCCCGAGCCCACGGGGCCGCACCGGGGGGCGGCAGAACCCGACUACGGGCUCUACGGCAGCGGCUACGGCCCCACGGGUCCGCUCGGCUCCUACAACCUCAAUAUGAGCAUGAAUGUGAGCGUGAACGUGACCCCCGCGUCCGCCGCGCCGCCAACCGGAGUCAUCCGAGUCCCGGCGCACCGGCCCGCGCCCGCCCCGCCGCCCGCCGCGCCCGCCCCGCCGCCGCCGGGUCCCGCGCUGCCGGGGCUCACCUUCCCCUGGAUGGAGACAACGCGCCGCAUCGCCAAGGACCGGCUCUCAGCCGCGCUGUCACCCUUCGUGGCGACACGGCGCAUCGGGCACCCGUACCAGAACCGGACGCCUCCCAAGCGCAAGAAGCCGCGGACGUCUUUCUCCCGGGUGCAGAUCUGCGAGCUGGAGAAGCGCUUCCACCGGCAGAAAUACCUGGCCUCAGCCGAGCGUGCCACCCUGGCCAAGGCCCUCAAGAUGACGGACGCCCAGGUCAAGACCUGGUUCCAGAACCGCCGCACCAAGUGGAGGCGUCAGACGGCGGAGGAGCGCGAGGCGGAGCGGCAGCAGGCCAACCGGCUGAUGCUGCACCUGCAGCAGGAGGCUUUCCAGAAGAGCCUGGCGCAGCCGCUGCCGCAGGACCCGCUCUGCAUGCACAACUCCUCGCUCUACGCCCUGCAGAACCUCCAGCCCUGGGCCGAGGACAACAAGGUGACGUCGGUCUCGGGGGUGGCCUCUGUGGUGUGA